CGAAUGCUGUAAUUUUUCCCUAAGAACAUAUGUAAGUGUAUAACCGUUUUAUAUAAAUACAUAUUGUACAUUACAUAUAUAUUUUUAAAUUUACAUAUAUUUCCAAUAAUGCUGAUCUUGUCAGUCAUUAAUACACAGCGACCAAUAACUCAUAUAAUAUACAUAUGUAUGUGGUUCGACAAAUAAAAUCGUAAAUAGGGUUCAGGCCAGAUUCGGAUUCGGUGUAGCUCAAUUGCAAAAUAUGAGACACUUUAAUUUUCUGUGGUUUUUGUUUAACAUUCUAAAACAUUGAGGAAUAGUAUAUAUGUAUGUAUUAACCGUAAGCCAUUUUACUUUGCAUGAACAGGAGCUCUCACCGUUUUUGUAUUUUUUACAUAUAGUAAUAAUUCAUCAACAUAGUAAACAUUACAUAAAAUAGUAAUAAUUCUAUUAACAAAGUCAUCGUAUCGUAACAAUUUGUUGUUAUUUUAAAACGAAGAGUAGAAUAUGAAACUAAAAAAAUUGGAUUCGAAAUAAAAUGUCGAAGAGGGAUUUUGAAGUUAGAAUGACCCUUUCAAAAUCUAGAGAAGUACUAUAUUCUCGUCUUUAAGCUAGUAAGUAACAUAUCGUAAUGAAUUUAGGUAUCUCAUUUAACGUGCACACCUGAAAUUAUCUGAUUUCACUGCACUUGGUAAGUAAAGAGGCUGCUUUCGAGGCUGAUUAGAACAUGAACUUCAUCGAAAACGAAGUUGUCCGAUUAUUAGUAAUGGUCAGCAUUAUGACAUUUUCAAUAUUUUUUAAGAUAUUAUAAAUAAUGAAAAUUUUCGUCCUAGAUAACUCUUUGAAAUUACUUUGUAAUAAGUAGUUAUUUACUAAUUUUUUUUAUUAAAUUGGCUUAUAGAUUGUCAUUAUUAACAGGCUAUGUGAAUUAGUGGGUUAAAUUAAGUACAAAUAUGUUAAGGAACAAGGACCGCCCCCUUUCGUUUAUCAACUGCGAAUGAAAAUAAAGUACAAGUAUUUGUUGCUGUAUAAGGGAUGAAAAUCCUUAUUGGAGUAUGAGUGUUAAGUGUUUUUAUUCUUGUUGGAAUAUAAAAUUUAUGUAAUUGUAUAAAAGCCAGAGUAUACCCAUGAGAUGCUGUUAUUUCUUAAUAAAUCCUAUUAGAGUGCGGUUGAUAAUUUAAUAGAAAUAUUUAAAUUUAAAAUUGUGAAAUCUUUUUAAAUAAUUUAAAUUAAAUAUGUCGCGUAAUCAAUUGCCAGAUUCAUCAUCAUCUCCUCCAAUAAGCCAUUUGUCUUUUCAUAAUUUUGAUGAUGACAUGAUAAAUGAAUUGCCAUCAUGUGUAUAUGCGGGUGGUACUGCCGUCGGAAGUGGAAGUGGCAAUUUACGGAUGAGUUCAAACUUUAGACAGAUACAACAACAAUAUAUGCAACAAGGAAAUGAAAAUAUGUUAGACUCUUCAACAAAUAUUGGUCUAAACAGCAAUAAGAACAACAAUUCAUCUUUAAUAUGUGGCAGUCCAAAUGCAGGUAGCAGUUCAUACAAUUCUGUCCCAUAUAAAAUACAAAGACAACAGGCAAACGUACGUGAGCGGAAAAGGAUCCAGAGGUCGGCACCAACUGGUAGUAUCAAUUCAGCAUUCGAUGAAUUAAGGGUACAUGUUCCAACAUUUCCCUAUGAGAAACGUUUAAGUAAAAUCGAUACUUUACGUCUGGCAAUUGCUUACAUUUCACUGUUGAGAGAGGUAUUACAAUCCGAUUACGAUCCUUUAACGUAUGUAGAAAAAUGUUUACGUGGAGAAAUAAAAGCGGACAGAGCUAAUUGGAAUACAAGUGAUUUAACAGCGCGUUUAUCAUGGAUUAAUUGGGAAAAUCUCGGCGUUCAUCCAGGCAGAAGAACAUUGCUGACUUCAUUAGCACUAUCUUCAGAGCCAAUGUGUGGAACCCAUUGUGGGGCUCCUUAAAUACAUAGUCCAAUCACAAUACUUAAUUUUGCUUCGUUAAAUUGUGUUCUUAUGAUUCACAUUGUCUUCCAAUUAAUUUAUUUAGAAUUAUUGUUUGAAUUUAAAGUUUUAUGUUUUUUUAUUUGUUUUUGUUUUGCUUUUACUUAUAAGACUACUUAAAUAUGUAUGUGUAUGUAUAAUUACGGUUUACAAUGAA